CACCGACGUAAUCCAAGUUUUCACGCGCAAGCCACACCAACAUAGCCUUGUCUGUAUACAAGGCAUUCAGAAUCUCCGAGAGUCUGCACACACACACACACAACAAGUCCGUUUCCCAAAACGCUACAGCCCACGAGCCGCCUCUCCGACACAUCGCGCUGCAGCAAUGGAUUCCAGCUCUGUCAAGAAGUCGUUGAUGAACCAAGUCCUCGCCGAGGCGAACCUCGCCAACGCCCGGGUCCUCAUCGAGAAAGUCCAGGAGAACUGCUUCGAAAAGUGUGUUCCCAAGCCCGGCAGCUCUCUCUCCAGCGGCGAGCAGACGUGCAUGACGACGUGCAUGGAGAAGUACAUGGCAGCGUGGAACCAUGUCAACGCGGCCUACAUCAACCGGAUACGACAGGAGCAGGGCAACCAGUAGAAGCUGGACCACCAACGAUGCGCCCAAUCGAAGGACGUUCAUCGCGUUAAAACCGAACUUACACACAUACUAUUACUGUGCGCGGGACCUUCCCUCAUAGAAAUGGCAUCAAUGCUGCAGGGCAUGGUUGGAAAUGGACCAUCAUGGCAGAACGAGAGUGUGAAGGACACACAACAAGGGGGCCCGAGGGGGGUGAUCUGAACGGUUCCAUACAGCAACAUGGCAAUUUGGACACACAACACUUGAUAUAUAACAUGAAUCGUCGCCAUCGCGGCUCGAUGCUGGGUAUCUAAUUCUUCUCGGCCACGCCCUUGUUCUUGGCCUCCUCCGCGGCCCUCUUGCGGGCGAGAUAUCUUUCCUUUGCGCUUGAGAUCUCGCCCUCCGUCUUGCGGCUCUUAUUCGCCCGCUCCA